AUAAAUGUCAAUGUCACAUUGAGAGGACCCACGACUUGGCAAUAGAAAAUCAUCGUUACCUAUCUUACGUAGUAGGUACAUUACUUACUCUAUGGUCCAAAGCUAUGGUCUGUGAAUGUGCAUAAGGGUUCAUAGUGAUUUAGGCACCGGUAUUUAAAAAUUAAACUAUAACUACGUGUAACUUGGAACAUAACUUUAUAAGACUCAAUAGUAGCAAUGGCUAAUGAGAAGAAGAAAGCAUUAUUUAUAUGUCUUGGCAAUAUCUGUCGUUCACCAAUUGCUGAAGGUGUAUUCCAGAAAACAGUCAAUGAUAUGAACUUGGGUGAUCAAUGGGAAAUUGAUAGUGCAGCAAUAGGAGGAUGGCAUGUGGGUAAUCCACCAGACUGGAGGGCUUUGGACACUAUGAAAAAACAUGAUGUACCUUACAGUAACCAUGCUCGGCAAAUAACAUCAGAAGAUUUCAACUAUUAUGACUAUAUAUUUGGGAUGGAUGAAGCCAAUAUGAGAGACCUGAACAAGAGAGCACCAAAAGGAAGCAAAGCAAAGUUACUUCUAUUUGGAGAGUUUGAUCCGCAGGGUGACAGAAUCAUCAAAGAUCCAUAUUAUGACAGUGAUGCCAAGGGAUUUGAAAAAUGUUAUCAACAAUCUGUAAGAUGUUCUAAAGGCUUUUUAGAAAGUUUAAAUAAACAAUAGCUUAUUUAAAUAUUUUUUUGGUUUAAUCAAUUCUUACAUUUUAAAUUGGUUAUUAUGGCAAAACAAUGUGAUAAAGAAAUAUAUAUAGAUAUUAGCAUUAUAUUAUGAAUGAUAAUAAUAAAAACUUAUGUUACAAUUUUAUUUAUAUUCAAA